ACGCCAAUGGGUUUGCUAACUAUUUUAAGGAAAAUGAGGCAAAAAGAGCGGGAGAUGAGACUACUGAUACUAGGUCUGGACAACGCCGGCAAGACGACUGUUGUAAAGCGGCUGAACGGUGAAGACAUCAGCACCAUCCCUCCGACGCUGGGUUUCAGGAUCAUCACGUUGGAGCACAGAGACUACAAGUUAAACAUCUGGGACGUCGGUGGCCAGAAGUCUCUCCGCUCUUACUGGAGGAACUACUUUGAGCGUACGGACGGUUUGGUGUGGGUGGUGGACAGCGCCGAUCGACAACGCAUGGAGGACUGUAGGCAGGAGCUCCAUAAACUGCUUUUGGAGGAGAGGCUACUCGGAUCCACGUUGUUGGUGUUUGCGAACAAGCAAGACUUGCCAGGAGCCUUGUCAGAAGAAGCGAUUCGAUCUGCGUUGGCCCUGGAUGACAUCAAGAACCAUCACUGGUGUUUGAUUGCAUGCAGCGCAGUGACGGGACAGAAUCUUCUCGCAGGAGUGGACUGGUUGUUGGAUGAUAUAGCGGCAAGGAUCUUCAACGCUGAUUGACCAAGAUAUGUUCAGUUGUGUUAAUUUAAUGCUGGUAGACGGCCAAUCAAUUCGCAGUGGGAGGGAUGGCAUUGAAUUAACAUCCCUCCCACUGCAAAUGGAUUGGACAUCUAUAGCCACUAGUGUUAGCGACCUAAGCUAUUAUUUUGUAUUGUCUAAAAUUUUUGUAAAUAAACUUGCUCUGAAGCCAAACUGCAAAUUGUCAAGAAUAACUCCCAAGACAAAAUGAAUAUUACAAAUUUUUUAUUCGAAAAGACAUUCACUUAAUAUCCACAUGACACCAAAA